AUGUACUAUGCCGCUCCUGAGUCUUCAAUUCAGGGGGAGAGGAAAAAUGAAUCGCAGACUCUAAAUCUAAUUCCUCCAUUGGACCAUUCAGAUAAUACAAGUGGUCAAGUCGUGGAUAAAAAUGGUGAGUAUCCAGAAGAGGUAACUGAGGGUCUAGAGGAGAUAACUGGAGAACUGGGUGAGCAACCUGAUGCUUAUUUGAAUGAAGAAAAUAAUCAGAAUCAGAUGGAAGCGACUCCACUUCAAGUACCAUCUAACCAAUCGUCUUCUGAUGACGAUUCUCCUCACGAAUCCCAGGAUACAGCAGAAGGUGAAAAGCAGACAUCGCAAGAAUGUGGUUCUCAGACUAGUAUUAAAGAUUCAACUGAAGAGUUGCUGUUCAAUCCUAAUGUCUUUACUGAAUUUAAGCUAGCUGGGAGUCAAGAGGAGAUAGCAGCAGAUGAGGAAAAUGUGAGGAGAGCAAGUUUGCACCUUAAAGAUGUCGUGCUACCAAAAUUUAUACAAGAUCUUUGCACGCUUGAAGUUUCACCAAUGGAUGGACAAACUUUAACUGAGGCACUCCAUGCUCACGGGAUUAAUGUCCGGUAUAUUGGAAAAGUUGCUGAAGGGACCAAACAUUUAACUCACUUGUGGGAUCUUUGUUCCAACGAGAUAGUUGUCAGAUCUGCAAAACACAUCCUUAAGGCACGUACUCAAAAUGCUGAAAGUUUUAGUCCAGGUAUCCCCAGACCUAAUGUGCAGAUUUUGCAGGCUCCGGGGAAGUCUUCCAAGGAACAAGCUAAGUAUAAAAGUGGAGAAUCCGGAAGAACGAAGCACUCGUACUUGAGCAUGACAUUUGAUAGUUUGUGUGAAAAUUUUCUCCUGCAGUUUAACUUGCCAGAAGAUGCCAGAAUGCUGGCAAAGAAAAUUUCAGUUAUUAGGAACCUUUCCCUAAAGGUUGGAAUCACCCUUGCUGCUCGCGAGUAUUUUCUUGAUGCUGCAGUGCCUUUCCAGGUUUCAGAUAUUUUGGAUCUUCAACCAGGAAUGCUUAGUGAAGCCUACACACUGUUCACUGAAGCAUUCACAAUACUCCAGCAGGUUACCGGUCCAAUGCAUCGAGAGGUUGCUAACUGUUGCCGCUACCUGGCCAUGGUUCUUUAUCAUGCCGGAGAUAUGGCUGGAGUCAUAAUGCAACAACACAAGGAACUUAUCAUAAAUGAGCGAUGCCUAGGACUGGAACACCCUGACACUGCUCAUAGGCACGAGUUCUUCAUUAUAUAA